AUGAAUGCUGACCAACCCGAACCCUCCCAAGGGGAAGGACCGACUCCCGAAGAAAUGCUCCAUCAAGUCCUCCACCAAAUGACUGCAAUGCGAACUGAUAUGGCUGAUAUGCGAGGCCGUAUCAAUCACCUUGAACAAACACCAGCUCCCUCUGCCCAGAACCCUGAACCUCCUGUUGUCCCCAAUGUACCGCCCCAAGCACCAAACCCACCGGUACUACGGCCCCGGCACGCGACCAACCAUCCGGAAAAGUACGACGACGAAGACCGUUCCAAGUUCAUGCCUUUUAUCCUCGAAUUGGAAUCCAAGCUCAUCGUUGACGGACCCGCGAUAGGAGACGCCUACGCCCAGUUACAACUAGUCGAGCGUGCGAACUCCGAACUUAGCCGACUCCGACAGGGCGCCAUGCCUUUCCAGGAGUUCAUUACUGAGUUUGAACGUCUCUUACUGCUAGCCGGAGGACAAGCCUGGCCUGAUGAUAUACGAAUCUCCCGCCUCAAGCCAGCCCUUAACCAGGAAAUCCGGAAAGCCUGCAUCGGUAAAUCCAUGCCUAUUUUAUAUGAAGCCUAUUGUGAAGAGCUCCAUAGAGUCGCGAAUGACCUCGAAGAGUACCAGCGAAUCGAGAACCUACGGCGUAACCGACAAGUGAACCGACCUCACUACCCCCAUACAAACGACCAACCAGCUGCCGCCACGGCCCCUCCUCUAUACCCCAAUGCCAUGGAUAUAUCGAACGCCAACCCUGCGAGACCUCCCCUAACGUGUUAUAACUGCCAAUAA